AUGUGGCCUCAUCAAGGAAAACCUACAGCCGGGGCUUGGAGGAACUUGGACAUAUCAUCCCAAUCUACUACCAUUGUCCAUCAAAUAUUUGGAGGCUUUCUGAGAUCCAGAGUCAUCUGCUUCAGCUGCAAAGCCAUUUCUGAUUCCUAUGAGGCCUUCCUGGAUGUCCCUUUGGAUAUCAAAGCAGCCUCAUCCCUCACUGCAGCUCUGGAGGACUUUGUAACACCUGAGCACCUGGAUGGUGAAAACUGCUUUAAAUGUAGCAAGUGUGAGAAGAAUGUUGCCGCCACUAAGAGGUUCACUGUCCACCGUGCACCCAAGGUUCUCACUGUGUGUCUGAAGAGGUUUGACUGCUUCACUGGUGGGAAGAUCAGCAAGGUUGUAGAGUAUCCGGAGUACUUGGAUCUUCGCCCAUACAUGUCUCAGGCAGAUGGAGAAGCACUCCUCUACUCCUUAUAUGCUGUCCUGGUGCACAGUGGUGUCAGCUGUCAUGGAGGACACUAUUUCUGCUACACAAAGGCCAGCAAUGGAUUGUGGUACCGGAUGGACGAUGAAUCUGUGGAGCUGUGUUCCAUUGACACAGUUCUCAGGCAGCAAGCCUACCUGCUGUUCUAUGCCAGAUGCUCGGAUCUGAGAAUUGGAGAAAGGGCUUCUUCCUCACUGGCACCAUCACAUGCCCCUUCCUUCCUCAGUCAGUGUGCGGCCAGCAGCAAGCAGGCGGGCUCUGUUGGACCACAGGGUCUGACUGGUAGGACUAAGGGCAUGAAGGACACUGGCAGGGAGCGGUCCCGGAGCAGAUCCCCUCUGUGGGGCAGGGAUCUCCGCAGCUGGUCUGUGGACACCACAGACUAUGAUGACUCUUCAGAGAGAAGAACUGGUCCUCCAAGUCGUGACCGUGGUCCUAGGGAUAGCACAGCUGCAAGGCCUUCCAAGAGGAUCUGCCGGUGGGCUCCCGCUCCCAGGGCUGCUCAGGAGCAAACCUUGCUGAGGCAGAGGGAGCCAAGCAGAUCUGUGCGGGGAACUUACAACCUUUGCAGGAAGGACACUGGCAGGGAGCGGUCCCGGAGCAGAUCCCCUCUGUGGGGCAGGGAUCUCCGCAGCUGGUCUGUGGACACCACAGACUAUGAUGACUCUUCAGAGAGAAGAACUGGUCCUCCAAGUCGUGACCGUGGUCCUAGGGAUAGCACAGCUGCAAGGCCUUCCAAGAGGAUCUGCCGGUGGGCUCCCGCUCCCAGGGCUGCUCAGGAGCAAACCUUGCUGAGGCAGAGGGAGCCAAGCAGAUCUGUGCAGGGAACUUACAACCUUCGCAGCCGGUUUGUGCCGUACACAGACUAUGACCGCUCACUGCGGAAGAGAAAGAGGCAGAGAACAAGUCCUCCACGUUGUGACCAAGUCUUAGUGAAUACUGCAGUUCCAGGGCCCUCCAAAGCCAGCUCCAAGCAGGCUCUCAUGCUCCGGGCUGCUCAGGAGCAAACCCGACAGAGGCAGAGAGAGCAGAGAAGAUCAACAUGGCGGGGCUAUGAUCGCCACAGCCAGUUUGGGCAGCACACAGACUACCGCCCUUCAGAGAAGAAGAGGAGGGUUUCCACGCCCCAGAGAUUCACGUCAGACAAGCAUUCAGGGCACUCUGGCAAUGAUGGCGUUGGAUUAUGGCCCUGGCUCAAGCAGAAUGGAAGACUAGCACUGCGUUUAUUAGCCAAGGCAUCCUUGUUUUCGACACGCCUACUCAAACCUGAGUGA